CGUCCCCCCCCCUGCCCGGGCGAUGCUGCACGCCGCCGCUCCGGCGACCCCUCCAGGCUGCUUGACCGCGGCCGCUUGCGCGGCCGCGGCGCCAGCGGAGCGUGCAGCACCAGCGGCAGCGGCGAGUCAGCUGCCGGCGCGGCGGGUGCUAACGGUGACCGCCGCCUCUGCGGCGGCCCCCCCCCGCCCGAGCGAGCCGCCGUGCGCUGCAGCCGCGGCGUCGGCGGCCGCGUCAGCCACGAGCCCGCUGCUGGCGCGGCCGAUGCUGACCGUGACCAGGUCCCGCUCCGCCCCGCCGUGCCGCCCCGCGCGGCGCAGCACCGCGCCAGUGCAGGUACUGGUGGCGCCUUCGCCGCGGCGCCCUGCCGCCGUCGCCGUGGCCGGCGGCUUCCGCACGCCGGCGCACCCGUUGGUGGCGUCUGGGCGUUUUUUGCCAGCCGCCGCGGCGCAGGCGCCUACGGAGGUGGCGGCGGCGGCGGCGCCCACGUCCUGGUCGCCGGCUGCACCCGCCACGCCGCUGACCGCCCGCGCCGGCGGCAUCUGCCGCCGCUCGUCGGCGCCCGUCGGCGACCAGGAGGCGGCCGCACCCGCCACGCCGCUGACUGACCGCGCUGGCGGAGUCUGCCGCCGCCUGUCGGCGCCCGCGGCGCCGCGGCGUGUGGCGCAGGGGCCGCCGCCGCAGGCCCUCGGGCUCGCGCUUGCUCCGCCGCCCUCAGGCCCAGCGCCGGCACAGCCAGGGGCCGCUUGCCUGCCGGACGCCCAGCGGCUGGUGGAGGAGGCGCGCGCGAAGCUCGCGCAAGCCGCUGCCCCAGCUGCUCGUCUGAUGUCGUCGACCUCGGUCCACGAAGCGGCGCGGUUGCCCUGCCCCUCCCUGGAGCAGCUCUGCCCCCCCGCAGGCGGCGUCGCAGCCGGGGUGAGCGGUGAGGGCCAGGUUGCUUCGCCAGUGCCCGCUGCGGCAGCCCGCGUGGACGAGAUCCUGGACGCGUUUUCCGCGCUCCAGCGGCACUCCGCCCAGCAGCAGGCCGAGCAGCGGGCAGCGGUGGACGGCGUCGCCGCGCAGUGGGAGCAGAGAUUCGGGUACGUCAUCGAGUGCCUCAUGGCCACGACGAACGCGGCCACUAUCAUGAACCAACGCAUGGCCAAGUUCCUGCGGCUCGGCGGGGUCCUCGAAGGCGUGGUGAGCCAGCUGGACGCAGACACUACGGCGCUCGGGGGCCGGGUCUCGUCCCUGGAGGCCGACACCCGCCGCUUGGCCGACGAUCUCGCCGCCCUACGUGCGGGAGCCGCCCCUGGGCCGCACGGCGAGCUUCCCAGCGCCAGCGCGCCCGCUGGCGUCGGGCUGGAGAGGAUCGAGGCGUCGCUGCAGGCCGUGAGCGCGGAGGUCGAGAGGCUGUCCUGGGAACUCUGCCAGGAGAGCGCCGAGCGCAGCCAGCUAGCGUGCGAGCUGCAGCACCACGUGGCCGCCACGGCCGACUGGCGGGUGAGCCUAGAGAGCUCGGACCGCGGUGUCGUGGCGGAGCAGGUCAGCCGGGUGCACGCCAGGGUGGCGUGCGUAGAGCAGGAUAAUGCUGCUUGCAGGGCGAGGCUCGACGAAGAGUUCGCUCGGAUAAGGUGCCUCCUGCAGGAGC